AAGAUCGCAAGUCCUCGCACUCCUCGCGAGGAACACGCAGCUUCUUAUUAAAAUCUUAAAGUCAAAAUUAACACACGGGACACACGCGAAACGGUUUCAAUUGGCACGAAAUUUCAACAUGCGUGUUUAUAAAUUCAAAUAUUAUUAAAUGUAUAAUUUGUAUUAUAUAUUGUAUGUAGAAGAUGUUAAUAUUGUGUUAUAAUCAUUAUUGAGGAUAAUGUUUAUCAGAUAUUUGCACGAACAAUUUUCUUCGAAAGAUCUUUCUUCUCUGAAACUUCAGAAUGCUGACGAGAUUGGAUACUUCAAGCAGUUGGAAAUGUUCGAUUAAAUUUAUUAAAUCGAUGAUGAAAUGAAUGCUAGACAAACGGAAAGAAAAGUCAAUGCGAUAAUCGAGGAAAUCCUUGACGAAGAUCAGGAAAACAAUUUCGGUGCGACACAAGCUGAAACUUGUCCAGGAGGUUGCGAGAACUUAGGUGACACUCCUGAAGAAACACCCCGGCAGUGUAAAUGCGGCGUGGAGAACUCGUCGAGGUUCUCGCUGCGCGUGAUGGAGGCGAUGCGCUCGCUGCAGCGCGACGUGGACCAGCCGUCCACGUCCACCGCUGAGGAGAUCGCCGACUACAUCCGGACGCAUUAUCGCUACGACGGCGACCUUUACGCUCAGGUGCGGACCGCGCUGAGACAGGUCUGUUCUCAAGGAUUUGUCAAGGAAUUGCUGAGCAACGAGUAUUACUUGGUCGGUCCCAUUAGCCCGACGAAGUGGAAUGGCUGUUCCUUGAAUUGCACAGGUCGCACGGUAGACGACGCGUCGAGGAGACGGGAGAGAAUCGAUGAUCGGAGAAACGGCGUAUGUGAUUGCGCGCGAUUACGCAGAAGAGAUUCUCGCCAAGUUCCGGGAGUUCCGCGCGAAGAAACCCUCAGGACCUUCACUAUCGAUCGCCUCGCCGAGGAACCGAUUUUUCAUUCGACCAGCAUAUCAGCUGACGAAAAGGAUAACGCGGACCGUCGCGUCAGGGAGUUUAACGCCGAUGUCUCGGAUAUCCGAGACUAUCGUCGACGACGUGACGUCAUCGGGAUGGAGCAACGUGACGAUUACGCGGAACCGAUUCCCGGGCCUUCCAGAGAAAUCGUGAGGGCUCUCUCGCCAGCCCCGGCCAGAAAUGCAAAGAAAGCGCGAGUGGAUGAUCGAGGUGUGCAACGCGCCGAUGAGGAAGACGAUGAGACCACGACGGAGGAGGAUGUGGACUGCACUUGUGACGAAGUUGUCACUCAAGAUGAAUAUUCGAGGGUCCAACCUCCUGAUUGUCCUCGCGUUAUCAUUAGGAAUCAGCGGAACGGACGACGUCGUCGCGACGACGCCGUGGAAGACCAAGAAGAUGAAGAGAAACGGAUGGAUGAAGAUGGCGGGGAGGAUGAAGAGGAAAGGAUGGAAGAAGAGGAGGAUGAUGAUGCGGAAGAUAGUGUGUACGAAGAAUUGAGGGUGCGAGUUCCCCGCAGGAGAACCGCGGCACGUGAACGAGAGUUGAAAAGGUGGAUUCGGCGAUGUCGUCAAGAAUGCGAACGACAAAUGCGGAGAGGGCGAUAAUACGAAAAUUCAGGAUUGUAUGAAUACACUUUUAACAGCUUGAAAAAAAAAGUUACUCCUUUAUCUAGAUAAUUAAAAAACAUCCAUAAAUAAUAGCAUAUGGAAAUAAAAUUAA